AUGUCUGAAUGUAGCUAUGAAGGAGUGAGGCACAAUGCCUUUGUCAGAGUGUCAGUUAUUUUGCUUGUGCUUCAUUCAGAGACACUAAAAUGUCAGCAUACCACAGAUCACAGAAAGGUUCCCCAUAGGGUGGUUCCACACCAGGAGACCAGAGCGGAUCAAGGAAAUGUUCCUGGCUCAUGGGGAGCUUGGGGUCCAUGGACCAGCUGCUCUCGGACUUGUGCAAAAGGGGUCCAGGAGCAAAGCAGGCCCUGUCUGCGUGUGUUCCCACAUGAAUAUCCCUCCACCAGAACUAGAGCAAAUCCACAGCAACCCGGUCAUGUCAUCAGCCCUGCAAACUACAACCCAUUUGCGCCACGGCGACAGCAGCUCCCAGGGAGAGCUGAGGAAGCACAGAGUUUCCCAAUCAAGAGCACACAGCCAGAAGGAGCUGGACCAGGACCUCAGGCAGAAAACAACCAGGAAAUACAGCCAGGAAAUCCACAACCAGAGAGACCUUAUGACCCUUUACCUGUGUCCUUCUGCAAUGGAGAGCAUGCUCGCUACAAGAUCUGUACCAAUAGUGCCUGUCUUCCAUCGAGCAGAACAUUCAGAGCUGUCCAGUGUUCUUCUUACAACAGCAAGCCUUUCAUGGGCAGACUGUAUGAGUGGGAGCCUUUUAAUGAAGCACCUGUCGAACAGCAGUGUGAACUCCAUUGCCGUGCCGUUGGCUUCAGGUUCUACGUGCGACUGUCAAAGGCAGUGACUGAUGGCACACCAUGUGUACAAAAUCAUUCUACUGUGUGUGUGGCAGGAAAGUGCAUGAGUCCAGGCUGUGAUGAGUAUCUUGGAUCUGGAAAGUCCCUUGACAGAUGUGGGGUUUGUGGAGGUGAUAACACCACUUGUAGACUGGUCUCUGGAGUGUUCAAACAUAGUCUGUCAAAGAUGGGCUACCAUAAAAUAGUAGAAAUCCCAGAAGGAGCCACCAAGAUCAACAUCACAGAGAUGGCAAAGAGCCGAAACUACCUCGCUCUUCGAAGUAGAUCCGGGCGAUCCAUUAUUAAUGGAAAUUGGGCCAUCGACCGACCAGGAAAGUAUGAAGGAGGUGGAACCAUGUUUACUUACCGUAGACCCAAUGAAAUCAGUAGCACCACAGGAGAGUCCUUUGUGGCAGAGGGACCCACCAAUGAAAUUUUGGAUGUUUAUAUGAUUUUUCAGCAGCUAAACCCUGGAGUUCUUUAUGAAUACAUUCUUCCCUUUGAGAAAACAGAUCCACGGUCUAACAACAAACAAGAAGGCAAUGGUUUGAAUAGAGAGGGUGGAUUCAGCCACCAUAACAAUGUUUUUCCGCACAGCAGAGAGGGUGAAGAAAUAGGAAGGUAUUCUCCACGUCUCCCUGACAACCAGGUAACUGCUGUUCUGCCACCAAGACAGGACAGAGAGUACAGCUGGAAACUGGCUGGUUCUACAGAGUGCAGUGCCUCCUGUGGGAAAGGUUUUCGAUACUCUGUCUUUCACUGUGUCCACCACCGAAAGAACCUUCAUGUAUCUGAUACUUUAUGUGACACCAGCCACAAGCCUAGUGCACAAGAAGAGGCCUGUAACUUGCAGCCCUGCCCAGCAUUCUGGGAUAUUGGGGAAUGGUCAGAAUGCAGCAAGACCUGUGGCCUUGGUAUGCAGCAAAGACAAAUCCUUUGUCGGCAAGUAUAUGCCAACCACACUCUCAAUGUGCACAUGAGCCGCUGUCAACACCUGGAGCGCCCAGAAACAACAAGCACCUGCCAGAUGAAGAUCUGCAGUGAGUGGCAGAUACGCUCAGCAUGGUCUCCUUGCUCAGUUCCAUGUGGGCUGGGACAGAGAACUCGGGAGGUGCACUGUGUCAGCAAUGUGGGAGACAUUGUACCAGAUGAUGAGUGCAACAUGCACCUGCGGCCUGUUCAUGUGGAGAACUGUGAUUCAGGACCCUGUGCCAAGAGCUGGUUCUAUACUGAGUGGGGAAACCGGUGCUCAGCUGAAUGUGGGAUGGGAGUACGUACCAGGGGAGUGCUCUGCCUGACCAACCACAUUACCAGUCUUCCUCUGGAGGGCUGUGGCAGCGAGCGACCCCCAGAUUCUCAGGUGUGCAACAAUGGGCCAUGUGAGAAUGGCUUUGAAUGGUUCACUGGCCCCUGGAGUCAGUGUUCUGUAGAGUGUGGCACAGGUAGCCAGCAGAGGUCAGUGGUGUGCCUUAUGAAGUCAGAUGAAGGAUUCACUAUCGUGCCUCCUUACGAAUGCUCCUCUUUGGAGCGACCGCUGAGCCAGCAGAGCUGUAAACUUAAAGCGUGUGGGGCCAAAUGGUACCACACUGACUGGAGUUCAUGUUCAAAAACGUGUGAGGGAGGUUUCCGAGUGCGUGAAGUCCGCUGUUUGUCUGAUGGCAUGCUCUCCAGUGAAAAGUGUGAUGAAACCAUUAAACCAGAAGUUAAAGAGGACUGUAACCCUGAGCCCUGUAUACCUCACAAAGAUGAUAAGUGCAGGGACAAGUAUUUCAACUGCAACGUGGUGGUCCAAGCUCGCCUUUGUGUGUAUGAUUACUACAAGACUACAUGCUGUGCAUCUUGUUCAAGAGUGGCUCACAGACUAUCGCAUCACAAGAGCCGUAGCUAGCCAGCUCUAACAGAGGCCUCAAACUUAAUGGAAAAUACACUGCUGGCACUCCAGAGUGGGUUGCCUAUUGUGGACAGUGGUUUCUGUGCUCAUUGUGGAAACUGUAGAAAUAUUGACCACAUGAUGACGUGGCUGUCAAACACAGAAUAAGCGGGACUAUUCAAGAGCAUAGCAUAGAGAAAAACUAAAUGCU